CGUGGUGGCGUUUGUGGGGAAAGGACAUCAGAGCCUGGUGGGCUUCAACGGCGUCUUGGGGGCGGCGUGCUUUGUCUCCACUGUGGUGGCUGGCUCCGUUUGUCUCGUAGCGGCCAGCAAGGCCCCGAGGGUCCAGUUGCACCGAUCGUCCUUUAUACGAGACCUGACCUUCUUCCUCCUUGCUGUCUUGGCCCUGUGUGUGCUGGUGCGGCAGCGCGCGGUGCAUCUACCCCACGCACUGCUCUUCUUUGCCAUCUACCCCGCCUACUGCGUCGCUGUCGCGAUCUACCACUGCAUGCCAGCAGCGGAGCCCCGCACCCCCAGAUUCCAGAUACACCCCUUCAUCCGCUCAGUGUCACAGGCAACGAUACCCCACUGGCUGUGGACGCACGAGCGCUCGCUCUUCCACUCCCGGCUCCACACCCAUCACUACCUCCACCCCAGCACCUACCUCCCCCUCCCUUUUAUCUUCUCCCGGGAGAAUUCGGCCAAUAGCAACGCGCCACCUGGCCACGUGGAGGCCGAGGACGUGACAGCUGGCAGCGGCAGCUGCCCUGUGGUGCUGCCGCCCCGCCUGCUGUCCCCCCCGCUGUCCUCCUCCCCGUCCCGCACUGCUCCUCCUGUGCUUCACUCUGCUGCCUCUGCUGAUUUUUCCGGUGCUGAUGAUGCAUUCACUGCUGCUGCUGCUGCUGCUGGUAGUGCUGGUGGUGUGGCUGGUGCUGCUAGUGCUGCUGGUGUGCCUGCGGGUGGUGCCACUCGUGGUACUGGUAACCGCAUGGCGGCGAGUGUAACAGACGAGCUGAGAGAACCACUGUGGGGCUAUGACGAGGAAAUGGAAGACCCAGAGCUGCGCCCCUGGACCUUUGCCGGUUUCUGCGAGUACUUCAUAAACUUUGCCAUGUCCGUCGUCUGGUUCUACGCCCUCGCGAACGAACUCGUCGCGCUUCUGGUCUCCCUGGGUGUAAUCCUCGGAAUUUCCCCUCCAAUUCUGGCUCUGACCGUCCUCGCCUGGGGUAACUCCGUCGGGGAUCUAGUCGCUAAUUUGUCCUUUGCUGCCAGCGGCGACCAAUCACGGCUGCAGAUCGCCUGGUCGGGCUGCUUCGCCGGACCGCUUUUCAACACGCUGGUCGGCCUGGGCUUGUCUUUAGUGCUCGCCUGCUGGUCCAGAUACCCUGAACCUUACGUGGUGCCUGUGGAUCCAACCCUCCUAUUCACCCUCGGGUUCCUAUUCCUCGUGUUGCUCUUUGUGCUGAUUCGGCUGGGUUGGUUGGGAGAAAGAGGAGGGAAUUCGGAUGGGAUAGGAGGAAGGGGUGGGAUAGGGGGAGGGGAUGGGGCUGGAAGCAGGGUUAUAGGAGGUGGAGCUGGCAGAGAGGGGAGGAGAGGAGUGGUGCUGGACAAGAGAACAGGGGUUGUUCUUGUGGCAGCUUACUGUGUGUUUUUGUAUGACGUGGCAAGCCUCCUGGCACAUUGGAAGACCGAAUCCGGUGAAGAGCAAGUACUAGUGCGUUUCUUUGGUUUUGCCGACGAAGAAGACGAGUGGGUGUCAGCCCGUCUCUCCGUGCGCCCGCGCUCCCUCCCCUGCGAGGGCUCCGAGUGUGUCGCCGUGCUGCCUGGGGACGUGGUUCUCUGCUUCCAGGAAGCUUCUGACCAGGCGCUGUAUUUUGAUGCUGAUGUGCGGGACGUGCAGAGGAGGCGGCAUGACGUGAGGGGGUGUCGGUGCCGCUUUUGGGUGCGAUACCGACACGACAACACCGAAGAGGUGGUGCCUCUGCGCAAGAUCUGCCGAAGGCCAGAGACAGAGUACAGAGUGAAGGCAGCCCAGCAGGUGGCCAAGGCGGUGGGAGGAGGGGAGGGGAAGAAAGUGAGCGUGAAGCAGAGUAAAGGGAAUUGA